GGGUUGAGAAUGCACAAACACAGCUUGAGAUUUCUAGGGAACCGGACAGAAGGAAACUCUGAGCAGCUCCUACAAAACAAGGAAGUACAGAGGGAAGGAUGAGGUGGAGAAGCAUGGAAAAAUAACAAAGAUGCCUUAAAGGAACAUAGCGGCCAAGAAAGGAGUGGAGGACAAGAAGACGAGAAGAAAUUGGGCUGAUAGAUUAAGAGAAGAGUAAAGCAGCAGAGAAGUGAUAAAAAGCCAAGGCCUGUCAGUAGAGAAAAGAGAGGGAAAAAGAGCAAGCGGCAGUUACAUUAAGAGGAGGGAGGGAGGGUGAGGAGAUUAACAGUCUGAGAGAAAGAGAGAGAGAGAGUAAAGAAAAGGGUGCAGUUGUCAAGAAACAGACUCAGGGAUAAAAUAAGGAGAGGACGGCAGAGGGAACAUCCGUAUUUAAAUGAGCGUUUACGAGAGCACAUGCAUGUCAGCGGCUAUGUGUGCGCCAAAGCUUGUGCGUGAGAGUGGAUGCGCGUUAUGAGGACUCUUAUGCUCUGGCUUCUUCCUAUCAUCCUUCUGUGUUCCUUCUGCAGUGUGGCCUUCUGGAUAUUCCUCUCUAACAAUAAUGUAAUCCCUCACCCUUCAUCUAGGAUUCCUCAAAAAAGCUCAGAAACAAAAUCUUGCAAGGGAUGCAGCAAAGACAAUGUAUUAAUUGCCAAGGGACUGGAGAACUACUCACACAAAUGGAAAAAACACGAGGCAAACUUUAAAAGAUUCAGGUCAUUACUGAGUAGCAAAUGCUAUGCUGUGUCAAAGGCUGUGGUCACAAAGAAUAACACCCCACUGGGGUCAAAUGUUAUCUAUGAUGGAGAGAGGAGAAAGCCGCUACAGGUGACACAAGCCCUGUUCAACAUAUUAGUUAAGGAGCAGCCCUUUGGAAAUGCAACAUGGGAGUCAUGUGCCGUGGUGGGGAAUGGAGGUAUUUUGGCCAACAGCAGCUGUGGAGAAGAAAUUAAUUCAGCCCAGUUUGUCAUUAGAUGCAACCUUCCGCCAUUGGAUAACAGAUAUGAGAAAGAUGUGGGCAACAAAACCAGCCUGGUGACUGCAAACCCCAGCAUCCUCCAUGAGAAGUACAGUGGACUGAUGGAGCGUCGUCGUCCAUUUGUGGAAAGCCUUCGUCCUUAUGGACAAGCCUUAUUGCUGUUGCCAGCCUUCUCCUACGGUCACAACACGCCUGUAUCCCUGCGUGCCUUUUACACACUGGAGGACUUUGGCAGCGACAGCCCGCUGCCCGUUUUCCUGAAUCCAGAAUACUUGAGGAGGUUGUCGAAGUUUUGGCGUGAGAGAGGCCUUAACUCGGUUCGUCCCAGCACAGGACUCAUCAUGGCCAGCUUAGCACUAGAAAUCUGUUCAAACGUCCAUUUAUAUGGUUUUUGGCCCUUCAAUAAACAUCCAAAUGACAAUCGGCCGAUCACCAACCAUUACUACGAUGAUCGGGAGAGCAAGAAGAACGUCCAUUCUAUGCCGACUGAAUUCGAACAUUUAUUAAAACUUCACAAGCAAGGUGUGAUUCGCAUACACCUUGGCGAGUGUCAACCCACUUAAAGUUAAAGGCCUUGUCUGCAGUGUACUGCACACCCCUAAAGAAUACCUCACAGUUUGAUUAAGGACUUCAACAGGCCACCUGGAUGGGUCUGGAAUGCGCACUGAAUUUAUAUUGCCUAUAUUGCUGUGCAAAGCAGCAGCCAUGACCAUGCACAAAAAAAAAAAAAUCAUGUUUUUUAAGCUACUUUGACAUAAUCUUGCACACAAAAAUAGCUGAAAACAAAUGCAAUUAUUUUAGCCUUGGUAUACUGUGAAAGAAUUUCAUUAGGAAAAUGUCUCCUAGAUCAGCACCCCUAAACACUCCUUAAGCAGACUUGCCUUUGUCAGCUUUUAACGUGCUCGCUGUUGGUGCUCCUCCAGCUCUGUUGCAUUCAUCUCAAGUGCCAGUCUGUCCUCUUUAGCAGUUGUUAGCAGUGAAUGUGUAUUUGAUCUCAGGUGUGCAGAAAUAGCUGUAUUAGCAGCACUGGAUUAUAACUCUAGAUCUUGAAUCCAGGACUCAGAGCUCAGCUAGGAGAUCGCAGAAAUGUCUGGAUGAUUGGAAACAUGACUGAGAAACAAUAGGAAGCAUGGAUGUGGGUUAGCAUAACUGAGAGUAAGAACACGAGAGGUGUAAAAGCUGACAAGAGUGGCAAAUUUCAAAUGUGCCAAUUUUGAAUGCCCUGUCUGAGAACGUUAUGACUCUUACAGCAAUCACUGUAAAGUAAGUACAAUUUGCUUUGAAUUAUUAAAUAUCAAUUUGUGAGAUUGGAUCUCCUUUAUCUUAAAACCUUAAAGGGAUUUCCCCCCAAAAUAAAUU